AUGAUCAAAAUGAUCCUAAAGGCUGGUGCAGAUCCGAAUUUAUCUGCGGCUGGACAGGGACGGGGCAAAUAUUUUCAAGCCAUUUCUUGUGUCCAAGACAUCAAAAUAAGCCUUGAACAAGAUACCUUGAAUGGUGCAGAUAUAAACGCCCAGAAUCACUAUGGAUGUACCCCUCUUAUGGAGGCGGUGGCGAAUGGACAUGAAUUGGUGGUGCAGUUGUUGCUAGAAGAAGGUGCGAAUGCGGAUGUUAAAAACUUCAAAAAUCUUUCAUGUAUGGACAUCGCCCGGCAACACGGAUUUCACCGUAUAAGCGAUUUACUAUCCGAUGCUAGUAGAAGACGUCUAUUUGCUUCAUCUACUCAUCCUUCAGGAUAUCAGCUUGGAGAUUCACUUCCAUCAAUAAACAAGGGUCCAGCAGAGUUUGAUCGCAUGAUGGCGCAAGGAGGAGGAAACAACUUUCAAGUCGACGACGAGAUCUUCCAACAAAAGCUGCGCGAUUUGAAAAUCAACAAGUCCGAAAAGCGACUUCCAGUAAAGCAACCUUCACCAGAAGUUCAUAAAAUGCCACAGUAUCAAAAUCCGAUGAUGCCUCAACCAACGGCGGAUGGAUUUGGGUCUAUAAAAGAAAUUCUUGAUUCGAUUGGUUUGGCCAAAUAUGAAACUGUUUUUAUUGAGCAAGAUAUCGACUUGCAAGUAUUUUUAACCCUAAGCGAGCAAGAUCUGAAAGAGAUUGGGAUUAAUCUUUUUGGCCCUAGAAGAAAGCUGGCAAACUGCAUUUCCAGGAUUCAAGAAGGCUUGAAAACAAAAAUAAACGGGGUCGAGCAAGUUUAUGCAGACCGUCUUCAGGCAAAACUGGCCCAAGAAGAGGCAGAACGUGAAAAAGUACAGUCCCAAAUGAGCGAACUCGCGCUUUUGCUGAAACAAGAAAAACAACUGCGUGUUAUUGCGGAGCAGUUCGUCCAAGACAGCGAAGUAAACAACAACAGAUUUCAACAGAUACUGCAAACAGUGCUAUCGGAAGUGGAGAUAAUGAUGCGAAGCGAACAGUCUAAUGGCAGCCUCAAGGAGCGACUGAAUUUACUCAGACGAACGCUGAUCCGAUACUGUUCCCAAUAA